AAUUACAGAUGACUUUAUUGGACAACGAUCAUUUCCUAGUAGAAUUGGCAAAAUUAUUUCAAAAAUGUCGAACUUCUACUCAACGCAUAACUAUCACGCUGAAACAUUAUGAUGGGAGGACGAAACCUUAUCCAAGAAAUGAAGCACAGCAGUCGCUAAAAGGCGAAGAUCUUUGUCUAUUUCGAGUAAAACUUGGUAACAGGAAAAUUAGUACUGUGGUCCAUGCAAAAGAAGUGAAUAAAUUCCAGUUGGCAUAUGCUGGUAUCUUGAAAGCAAAUAUGGAUAAUUUGAAGAAACGUGAGCGGAAAACAGCAAUGGAAACGAAGAUUAAAUCAAUAAGUGUUUCAAAAAGUGCGGUAAAGAUUUAAUUAACGCGUGUAAAUUUCGGCACUAUAAUUUCGAGUCGUAUACAUUUCUUUGUUUCUGGGCGAAUCAUCUAAAUUAUCUAGUUUCUUGGCAUAUAAUAAAAUUUUUGUUGGCGUAGUUGAUGCUUAAAAAUUUAGCACUUUCUUAAAGUCUUGUCACUAAGUAUUAUUUUUUGCAUCUUUUCGUUUCUGUAACUGUUCAGUAAUCUGUAUGAUAUUAUAGAAUAACCAUUUUGCUAAGAGAGUGCCACUGCAUUAGUGUUUUCAUAGCAGAGCAGAUAGGGCUAGAUUGAUGGUCUUCGUGACAACUAGAACGAGCAUUUCUUCCUGAUUCUUCCUUAUAAGUCAUUGUCUCCUAUAUUAUGCCCAGCCUUAUUUGGU